ACCCUAUCCUACUCUUCUCUGGCACACUUCUGCCCUGUCUACCAAAAAAGGCGCCCUCUCCAUUCACAUCAGCACUUGGUGUUGAAUCAAAGACAAUCACUUUACUCCGAUAACACAUCGUCCCAAUGGAUCCUCAAGCUAACAUUGAGUCCUCUCCUCCAGCGGCAAACGCUCAACCCUAUGUUGAGCGUAGUAACCCCAUGCCCAAUGGCUCGGGCUCCGCUCCUCAGACCGUCACGUCGAAGGACCCCAAGGCCGCUGCCCUGGCCGCCAGCGAUCUGAGGAAUAUUGUCCGGCGGAAGUUGACUGGCUACGUUGGCUUUGCCAACCUGCCGAAUCAAUGGCAUCGGAAGAGUGUCCGGAAAGGGUUCAAUUUCAACGUUAUGGUUGUCGGCGAGUCUGGUCUCGGAAAAUCCACCCUCGUGAAUACCCUGUUCAACACGUCGCUUUACCCGCCGAGGGAUCGCAAGCCACCGUCCCUAGACAUCAUCCCCAAAACCGUCUCCAUUCAAUCCAUUUCCGCAGACAUCGAGGAGAACGGUGUCCGCCUCCGGCUGACGGUUGUCGACACUCCCGGCUUCGGUGACUUUGUCAACAAUGAAGAUUCGUGGCGCCCGAUCGUUGAGAAUAUCGAGCAGCGUUAUGAUGCCUAUCUUGACGCCGAGAACAAGGUGAACCGGAUGAACAUCGUGGACAACCGCGUCCAUGCCUGUGUCUACUUCAUCGAGCCUACUGGCCACAGCUUGAAGCCCCUUGAUGUCGAGGUGAUGCGUAGGCUGCACACCAAGGUCAAUUUGAUCCCGGUCGUUGCUAAGGCUGAUACCCUGACCGACGACGAGAUCAGCGCCUUCAAGGCACGGAUCCUUGCUGAUAUCGAGUACCACCACAUCCAAAUCUUCGAAGGUCCCCGCUACGAGCUUGACGAUGAUGAGACCAUUGCCGAAAACAACGAAAUCAUGGCCAAGGUUCCCUUCGCUGUCGUAGGUGCCAACCAAGAAGUCAGUACUCCUGAUGGCCGAAAGGUCCGCGGUCGCCGCUACCCAUGGGGUGUCAUCGAAGUCGACAACGAGGAACACUGUGACUUCGUCAAGCUGCGACAGAUGCUCAUCCGCACUCAUAUGGAGGAGUUGAAGGAGCACACCAACAACUUCAUGUACGAGAAUUACCGGUCCGACAAGCUCACCGCCAUGGGUGUGGCGCAAGACCCGUCCGUGUUCAAGGAGAUCAACCCCGCGGUCAAGCAAGAGGAGGAGCGCAGCCUGCACGAGCAGAAGCUCCAGAAGAUGGAAUUGGAAAUGAAGAUGGUCUUCCAGCAGAAGGUGUCGGAGAAGGAGAGCAAGUUGAAGCAAUCCGAGGAGGAAUUGUAUGCUCGACACAAGGAGAUGAAGGAGCAGCUGGAGCGACAGAGACAGGAACUGGAGGAGAAGAAGUCUCGAAUCGAGUCCGGCAGACCGCUAGAGGAGAAGGGCAAGAGGAAGGGCUUCUCUCUGCGUUAGACUUGAUUUGGAGUAUGAUGCGGAGUGGGACAUGGAGAAAUGGUGGAAGACGGCUUUGUCUGGAGUCUGGCGACAAGUGGCUCAAGGGGAGCGCAUCCUUCUCAAGUUGCAUCGAUGACUUGGUCGUCGAUUCCUCUGUAAGAAAGGAAAACGGCGCCCAACAUGUCCUUGGCAUCUGCUGGAAGGACGAAAGACGCUCGGUUUCGGAAAAAACACUGGUCUUAUUCAUUUCGUGUCCUCUUUUGAUCUCUUCACUCCCUUGCGGUCCUCCCUACCCCUCUACCCCGUUCCGCAUCUACCCCCGU